UGACGCAACCACGUCAGUGGAGUUGACUGCAUGGCGGAGCGCAAUGUCCCCAGAACUGCCCAGGGAGGCACCGAGCAAAGUCACGGGGCGACUUCCACCGUCCGCGGCCCGACCACCUGUUAGAGAGCAGCCACUGCCCCUCCAGCCCCGGCCGUGAGCGCGUGGUGUGCGGGACGGGAGCGGCUCGGAGCGCACUGAGCCUGAGGUGAAGCGGAGCGUCCGCUGACGCGCCGCAGGUUGAGCAGCAAGUUGCCUGACGGAACAAAAGUCGCGUCGACGCGGAAAAAGGACAGGCGCGCGCGGAUUACGCAGAGCUUUUCGGGAAACUUUUCGCAGUAAAAUGAAAUUCGCGGAGCAUCUGGCGUCCCACAUCACUCCGGAGUGGAGGAAGCAGUACCUCCAGUAUGAGGCGUUCAAGGAAAUGCUGUAUGGCGCCCAGGACCAAGCUCCAUCAAUAGAAGUCACAGAUGAAGAUACGGUGAAACGAUACUACGCUAAGUUUGAGGAGCAGUUUUUCCAGACCUGUGAGAAGGAGCUUCUGAAGAUCAACACUUUCUAUUCAGAAAAGUUAGCUGAAGCACAGAGGCGAUUUGCAACUCUGCAGAAUGAGCUGCAGUCGUCGCUGGACGCUCAGAGGGAGAGCAACGCUCCGCCCGGCCUGCGGAAGCGCAAGACCAUGUUCCACCUCUCCCAGGAGGAGCGCUGCAAACACCACAACAUCAAGGACCUGAAGCUCGCCUUCAGCGAGUUCUACCUCAGCAUCAUUCUGCUCCAAAACUACCAGAACCUGAAUUUCACUGGGUUCCGGAAGAUCCUGAAGAAACAUGACAAGAUCCUGGACACCACGCGUGGGGCCGACUGGCGUGUGGCUCACGUGGAAGUGGCGCCUUUCUACACCUGCAAGAAGAUCACGCAGCUGAUCACUGAGACAGAGACUCUGGUGACCACCGAGCUGGAGGGAGGGGACCGUCAGAAGGCCAUGAAGAGGUUAAGAGUUCCUCCACUGGGGGCCGCUCAGCCUGCUUUGGCCUGGACCACGUUCCGCGUGGGUCUCUUCUGCGGCUUCUUCAUCAUUCUUGCCGUCACUUUUGUCAUCAGUGGUGUUGCAUUCUUCCGCUAUGACAGAGUGUGGCCUCUGGUGCGGAUCUACCGUGGCGGUUUCCUCUUGAUCCAGUUCCUCUUCCUGUUGGGCAUCAACACUUAUGGAUGGAGACAAGCUGGAGUCAACCACGUUCUUAUCUUUGAGAUCAACCCCAGGGACAACCUGUCACACCAGCACCUGUUUGAGAUCGCGGGCUUUCUGGGAGUUCUGUGGUGCCUCAGCAUCCUGUCCUGCCUGUACUCGCAGCAGACCUCCAUCCCCAUGCAGAUCAACCCCCUGAUUCUCUAUGGCUUCAUGGUGCUUUUCCUCAUCAACCCCUUCAAGACCUGCUACUAUAAAUCGCGCUUCUGGCUCCUUAAACUGUUGUUCCGUGUCUUCACGGCGCCGUUCCAUCGGGUGGAGUUUGCAGACUUCUGGCUGGCGGAUCAGCUCAACUCUCUGGUGUUUAUUCUCAUGGACCUGGAGUAUCUCAUCUGCUUCUACAUCUUUGAGCUGCAGUGGAGCAACAGCAAGGGGCUGUUACCUGAGUCUGAAGAUCAUGUGUGCCACAGCUACUCGUACGGCCUGCGCGCCAUCAUCCAGUGUCUGCCUGCCUGGCUGCGGUUCAUCCAGUGCCUGAGGCGUUACCGGGACACCAAGAGGGCUUUUCCACACCUGGUGAAUGCUGGGAAAUAUUCCACCACCUUCUUUGUCGUCACCUUUGCAGCCCUUUAUGCUACACACAAAGAUCUAGACCAUGAAGAUGCAGAGACCUUCUUCUACAUGCUGAUCGUGUCCUCAACCGUCAGCUCUCUGUACACUCUGAUGUGGGAUCUGCGCAUGGACUGGGGUCUGUUUGACCGUGGGGCCGGAGAAAACACCUUCCUGAGAGAGGAAAUCGUUUACCCGCAUAAGGCUUAUUACUACUGCGCCAUCGUGGAGGAUGUGAUUCUGCGCUUCGCCUGGACAGUCCAGAUUUCUUUGACCACGAUCAUGAAGAACAACUCUGUGGGCGACAUUGUGGUCACGGUUCUGGCUCCUCUUGAAGUUUUCAGGCGCUUCGUGUGGAACUUUUUCCGUCUUGAGAACGAACACCUGAAUAACUGUGGCGAGUUUCGUGCCGUGCGGGACAUCUCAGUGGCGCCGCUCAGCGCUGACGAUCAGACUCUGCUGGAGCAGAUGAUGGACCAGGAGGACGGCGUCAAGAACCGCUCGGGCAAGAAAAGCUGGAAGAGGUCUCACAGCAUGACACUCAGACGCCCUCUAAUAUCUUCAUCACAAUCAAAAACUGACACAAAGGUGCUGAUUGAAGACACGGAUGAUGAAGCCUUCAGCUGAAGCGUCUGCACACACACUCUACUACACUAAACUUACAGAGCCCCCCCUCAGUGUCGUCCAGCAUCAGCCCACCCCCCUCAUAUCUGUUGGUGUGACUUUCAUUGUGACAGGUGAGCCCGUCCUCACCUUGACACGGGUUACCUCAUCCUUACCCCCUUUGGUCUUUGUACGUGUAGCAAACACACACAGACACACCCGCUGAAGCACAACAGUGUGGUAUCGGUCCAGCCCACCCACACAGACGGCACGAGACCCUUCCUCACAAACACCACACUCCCUAGGAUUUCAUCUCUUCCCUUUUUUCAGGUCCUUUGAUUUCCUGGGGAGUUUUUUUAAGGCUGUCAGACGACUGUUGACUUUUUUCUAACCACACUAGGAACAACAGGGAGAAGACGAAGCCAAUCAGAGACUACAGCAGGCAGGACGCCACACAUGUGAGCAGGUCCAAACAAACCAUUCUUUUUUAGGUUUCGCUGAGUUGCAUUUACUGUCAAGUAAAACCAUGGGGGGGGGGGGGGGGGGGUUACUACACGCUACAAGAAAAAAGAACAGAUGUUUUGCUUCAUACAUUUCUAUAUAACAAUUUCUUUGUACUGUACAUAUUUGAAUGUGAAUGAUCCCAUAGUUCUUAUGUGAUACUGGUGAUUUUUUCUGUGUUUUCUAGAGGUUUUCCUGGUUAAACUUGUGCCAUAUUUCUAUUAGAGACCUUCGUUGAGCCCCGAUCUCAUAAGAGAGCUUUAGACCUUUAUAUGAUGUAAUACUGAAGUGCCCUUUUACACCAAUAAUAGCCAAGAUGCAUGCACUUCUGUGCUUAACAUUUAGCCUAACAGUUCAUCCAGUUUGGACAUGACUGUUGGACACAAUGGAUUAAAAAGAGAGAUUUCUUUUUCAAAUCUGAUCUCAAAAGGUGUUAAAAGUAGAAACUGAAAUGAACAUUCAGAGAAAUAGAACAUGUGAGGUAAAAGGCAGAGUUCCUAAAUCGGUGGCGUUUAUUUAACGUGGUAAAUGUGUCUUUUGUGUUUGGUUAAGUGUUGCAGAGUUCAGAGGAAAGCUGGGUUUCUUCCCUGGAAUGCAAUCCAAAUCCAUUUGCUGUGUCCGUGACAGCGGCUGUGAGCUCCGCUUUACCCGCGCUCACAUUUGAAGAGCUGAUUGGUUAACGGCUUUGAGAUCCACUGUGUUUUUGAUGUUUGGUGCUCUGAUGCUCCUCGCCACGGAGACAUCCAGCACAGGUUUUAUCCUCAUAAUAAGCCUCAGCAGCCUGCAGAUUCUCUGUGGAUAAAAAUUAACGAAAAAGAAUCGAAAUAUCAGUGCAAUGCACAGAUCCAAUAAGAAACCUACAGCCCUGCUGGGCCGCACGACUCUAAAAAGGCUGUGAUGUCUUUUCCUGCAUGCUGCUUUUGUUUUACUGUGUACAUAGACGUUCAUUUAUAAUAAACUGUACCAUAGUGUUUGUUGUGACAGAGAUGGAUUUUAUUUGAUGCCAUUUUUGCUCCAGGAAAAGCCGCUCAAGCUUUUGCUGCUUCCUAAUCUCACCUCUUCACAAGUGAAGAUGUUUAAAUGUGUUUGUAAAGGAAAAAAAGGUGUCAUAUGUUGUUAUCCCUUCCUCUGUCACGUCACCUGUGUGGGUUUUAGGUACAGGUGGAGGUGACUUUAGUGCAGCUGUGAAUGUGCAUGAACCUCCGAACCACUGCUUUUGAUAAGAGUCCUGCAGACGGCACUUGGAGAUUUUUCCACUGGAUCAGACUUUGGAUCCCAGAAGACGGAGGCCCCUUUCCAUUCUUCUCUCCCCACGGUCCCUUUGUUCCUUGGAGGCGUGGCCUGCAGCGCUUUAAGGCGUUCGGAGAAGCAAACAGGGUUAUUUAUUGUACAGUUUGAGGACUUAUGCACUCGCCUCUCAUUUCUCCAGUUGCUUGCAAAGACAUUUGAUGUUAUCGUUGGUUCCCUGCUGUUUUCUGGAUGUGGUAAAGCUAAACGUGGUAGUCCGUGUAGUUUGGUAGAUGUUUGGUAGUUAGAAAACGGUAAAUAUGCUGUGACUAAAUGUGAAGACAAAUGUCUUACUGUGUGAACCCCACCUUUACAGAGUAGCUUGUAAAUGUUGAUCGUAAGUUCUAGGAUGUUUUCUGACGGUCUUUGUAUUUCUGUAAACACUUUGGUGAUCCUGUCAUAUCUGGGUUUUAUAAACCACAGUUAUUUAUGAAAAAUUCA